UAUGUUGGAAGAGAAGUUCAGAACAGGUUGUAUUUUGGGAUUGAGAAGUAGGUCGUUAUAGUGUGUUUUGUCAACGAUAUGGCAGACACGCUACUAGGUGCCUGGGAUUAUGUGGCGAUCGUCGUCUACUUCGUUCUCGUACUCGUCGUUGGUCUCUAUUCGUUAUGCAGAUCGAACCGAGGGACAGUGAGCGGGUAUUUUCUUGCUGGAAGAUAUAUGACAUGGCUGCCAGUGGGAGCAUCGCUGUUUGCUAGCAACAUUGGAAGUGAGCAUUUUGUUGGGCUGGCAGGAUCUGGGGCAGCAGCAGGCAUAGGGGUAGCAGCAUUUGAAUUCAAUGCCUGUCUUUUGGUCCAGCUGCUAGGCUGGGUAUUUCUUCCAGUUUACAUUGCAAGCGGGGUAUCAACCUUACCCGAAUAUAUGACAAAAAGAUUUGGAGGCAGUCGCAUUCGAGUCUAUUUGGCGAUCCUCUCACUAAUCCUCUACAUUUUUACCAAGAUAUCGGUCGAUCUUUACUCAGGAGCACUCUUCAUUCAAGAAGCACUUCACUGGAAUCUGUACCUUUCCAUUAUAUUACUUCUUGCCUUGACUGCGGUAUGCACAGUUACAGGUGGUCUGGCUGCUGUUAUUUACACAGACACUCUUCAAUUCUUCAUCAUGAUUAUCGGAGCUUCUAUUCUCAUGAUCAUGAGUUUUGUUCGCAUUGGUGGUUAUGAUCAGUUACGGGUGAAGUACAUGAAUGCUAUACCAAACACGACAAUUUAUAAUCCGGAUACUUCAUGUGGAUAUCCGAGGGAAGAUUCAUUCCAAAUGUUACGUCACCCAACUAACUCUGACAUGCCCUGGGCCGGUUUUCUCUUCGGUCAGACACCAGCUUCUAUUUGGUAUUGGUGUACGGAUCAGAUGAUGGUACAGAGAGCACUGGCAUCGAAAAGUCUGUCUCAUGCCCAGGGUGGUUGCAUCCUCGCUGGAUAUAUCAAAUUUCUCCCUAUGUUCUUAAUGGUACUUCCCGGAAUGAUCAGCAGGAUCAUGUUCCCAGAUGAAGUAGCCUGUUCUACUGCUGAAACAUGUAUGGAAGUGUGUGGUAGUACUACGGGAUGUACCAAUAUUGCGUAUCCUAGAUUGGUCAUGGCCGUACUUCCUACUGGCCUUCGUGGUAUAAUGCUUGCUGUGAUGUUGGCUGCUUUGAUGAGUGAUCUAACAUCUAUCUUUAACUCAACAAGUACUCUAUUCACCAUCGAUGUAUGGACGUACUUCAGAAAGAAAUUCAGCAAGAAAGAUCCAGGAGUCAGGGAACUUAUGCUCGUGGGCAGAUUGGUUGUGUUGAUUCUGGUUGGUAUCGCCAUUCUUUGGGUUCCCAUCAUCCAAGAGAUCCAAGGAGGACAACUUUUCAUCUAUAUCCAAGAGAUAUCAGCUUACUUAGCCCCACCUAUUGCUGCUACAUAUCUUCUUGCUAUCUUGUGGACACGUGGGAACGAAGAGGGAUGCUUCUGGGCUUUGUGUGCUGGAUUCUUGGUUGGUGGUAUCCGUAUGAUCCUUGACUUUGUCUAUCGAGCACCACCAUGUUGGGGUGAUCCUAUCUACAGACCAUCCAUCGUGGCUAACAUGCACUACAUGUAUUUCGCUCUCUUUCUCUUCUGGUUCACCAUCCUGGUCAACGUUGUGGUCAGUCUCCUCACCGACCCACAGGACCCGAAGAAGCUCAUUAGAACAACAUGGUGGACUCGUCUUAGUCGGGUAAAGCGCGAAGAUGAGGUGAUUGAAGAAGACAAAGGAUAUAAGAAAGAAAUUGAAUUAGAUGACGAAAUUGAUGAACGGAGUCAAUGGCGUCGUGCUUACGACUGGUUCUGCGGUUACGACGAUACCACGAAAGGGAAGAAUUCGCUCAAAGAACAAGAAGAGCAUCUCCAUAAGAUCACAUCACUUAAGCAGGAUCCUCGAGCCAAAAUCGCUCUCAAUGUAAAUCUGGUUCUCAUUAUUGGGGUCUCUACUUUCAUGUAUGUCUUCUUCUCAACAUAGACCAGAGAUGUUAAUUACUUAUAGCUCAUAUAAGAACAUCAGGAAGAGUCGAAGUGAUCCCCUUGGAGAUUAUCAAAUCAUCAACCAUUUGGUCAGAAAUUGAUAUUAUCUGGUCGUAAGCUAGUUCGCACAAAAAGGAUUGUACAUGUAGCUAUUUUUUUCUCAAAUAGCCUAUCUUACAUCAUUAAAACUAAAUUCCCACAUAGAAUUAUAAUUGUAUGUUACAUCAUCUCUUUCAAUUUGUUUCCUCUGCCUACACAGUUUGUCUUAAUAAUGAUAUAAAUUUAAUUAUUCAUCAUCGUAAGAUCAAAUUUUAUACAUGAGUGAAAAAUACUUUGUUCUUAAAUCGUAGCUCGCACACAGUACUGAAAAUAUGAUUUAAAAAUGAUAACUGCAGUUAAUUGAUUUGCAAUAUGUAUAUAUAUUACUUUAAGUUCAAAUUUAUGUUAUGUUAUCUUUAUCAAAUUGGUAAUGACUUCUAAUGUGAGGAUAGGAAUGAAAUAUAAUUAUGUACAAACAAAUCUGUUCAAAUAAUUCAUUUCCCUUUAAAACUAGAUUAGACUAAGGUAAUCAUGUUCUACGGAUAUUAGUUUGAAACUGUAAUUAGUUACUCAAAACCAUGAAAAAGAUCAAGUUUGGAGAAAAUUUGCUGUUGGUCUAAUCGACGAUGAUAUUAAUUUAUCAGAAUAGAAGACCUUUUUAUUUUCUUUCGAAAGUGAAUAUUGAUAGAUUUAUUUUCAAAGACUAUAUACAGUUGUUCAACAUUUAAAGAUUUUUAUAUUCCUUGGGGAUUUGAAUGUCUGAAUUUCAAAAUUCCAUGGUUUAGGCUUCAUUAUACAUGUAAUUUCAAUAUAUUAGCAAGAUUGAAAAGUUGUUAUAUUUUUCUUCCUAAUUCAUGUAGCUAACCAAGUAAUAUGAAGUGGACGGCUUAGGAGUUUAGAAUUUCAAACUAUUUCUAACAUGAACGAUAAAAGAAAUCGGUUGCUCUACCUCUCACAUUCAUGAAGUUGAAUUCGUUGUUUUGUUUUGUGUCCAGCACAAAUAAAUGCAAGUUAUUCUU